GUGUUCUCGCCGCGUACGGACGUGCGUCGCGCGCUUUGUGUGUGUCUCGGGAAGGCCGAAUUACGUACGUUGCGUGUUGCGCGUGAAGCUGUCGAGUAUCGAAACGUUUACAGUGCUACAGCAUCCGGCCGACUGGUGCUUAAUAUUAGACCGUGUGGUAGAGUAUCAAAAUAGUUAGUGAUGGGCGAAAUUAAUUCCAUGUUUAUCGCCCGUUAACGCAAACCGUACCAUUGCCGAGCAAACAGAUGAUGAAGUGCAAAAGCGUGUACAACACCUGAACCCAACGACGCGGCAACCGGCGUACGGCAGAUAUAUUGUGCAAGUGUUUGUAGCAGCGCGACAGUGCGACAUUCGUAUUUUUUUGGGGGUUUUAAAUGGUUUCGUUUCGAUCUACAAGCUAUGCGUGUGUGUGUGUGUGUGUGUGUUUGCGACCUCGGCCAUAAGAUAACCGGCGUACCGGAAUUCAUCAAAGCCCGUCCCCCGUUCACCGCAUAAAUCGUUCCCUACACCGGGAGGUCGUUUCAUUCGUAGGUGUUAUCUGUGAUUGUUUGUGUCCGGUUAUCGUGACGUGUGGUGUGCGCAAUAUCCCAUCACCUUCAACUGUUGGCCCCAGACAGAGGCCUACAAAAAAAUGUAACGUACGUACAGAAAAGGGUCAUCUGCGAAACGAAAGCGAAACACCAAACUAAAAUAAAAAAAAAAGUGCACAAGUGAAGGGAACGCAUCGCCUCGUGUUCGGGCCACGUUUUCGAUUAAUCAAUCGAAAGAAAAAUCGAUCGAACGUGAUCUGGUCCAACGAAGGAGGGAAAAAUACAACGUUUUGCAAGGGUGGCUGAGUACCAGACGAUAGGCCCCGGCAGGAGCAUUAUGUUGGACUGUGUCGUCCCCUGCCCGCUGUGGUGCAAAGAAAUUGGCACUGCGUGAUCGAGAACGGGGAAGAAAUUCGUUCCAGUUCCGAAUAAUGGUGACCUCCUCGUUGUGAGGGAGCACAACUAAAGCGAAAAAUUGGAGCAGCCCCGGUGAUAGUGAAGGGCCCAGCAUCGUCGCUCCGGCUCUGCUUCGUGCAAAACAAAAACAAAACCCGGCUAGCAGUUGUUGAAGUAAUACGGUCGUCGGGUUGGUCGAACACACACACACGUGUGCUGCAGCUCAUUGUGUUUUGUUCGGCGGGCGGUAGCGAUUUGUCAAUAUUUUCGCUAUUGGAAUUAGGUUCAAUAAUAAAACGGUGGGGUUUUGAUUUGAAUAGAUCGCGCUUCCCAUUCGCCUCUGUGUGUUCCUUCGUACGUGUUUGUGUAUGAUGUGUAUGUGUGUGUGUAUGUGCUAGUGUCUAUAUGGUGUGGUAUAAGUGAUUGAUCUUCCACCGGCAAGGCGACAGCAGGAGAUCAAAGAUUGGAGAAGAAAAAUCGUCUCCGCUGGAUACGGCUGUAGCGAGGCAAUUUCCCUUGCUUGAGUUUGCUGGAAGGCAAUGUGAGAGUGAAAGUGAAAAAUUCGCGUUCCUUCGCUGUGGAAAGAAAAAAAAAAGAAGUUCAAUAUAUUCAAUCAAAGGAAAGGUUAUUUUCCCCUCAUUCCGAGCAAUCCUUGUGGCAUAAUAUUGUGUGCUGUGCUGUGAUUCUGUGAGCGAUUGCGGCUUGAAAAAGCGAAGGGUUGACGAAAAUAUAUCGCAAAAAAAAUCAAUUCAAAUUAUUAAAUUAAGGUGUGCUUUUUGUGCAUAAAAGAAGAAGCCAGUUUCAAGGUUGCAAAUCAGCUGGAUAUUGAAACACACUUCAAAGUACCAGAUCCUAACAUUCACCCUGUGGACGGGAAGUUCUUCUACUCUCAGACUUCAAUAAGAAAGAUAAGAUGUCAUCGAAAGGACACUUAAAUACCUAACCGAGUCAUCGAACGCGUCCUGCAAUCUUCCAGCAUAAGUUCGUGCCACUCAAGCUAGCACCUUCCAUCCGCGACUUUGCAGAAUCGACAUACCGACAUUAGAUCACGACACGAUGCACCGCUGCCAAAACGAAACACUACAAUCCAUCCGCCCAGUUUCGAUAUUGUUCGGCGCGCGGUGGAGCCUUCACGGACACUUCACAGCAAAAUAAAUUGUACCGUCUCCACUUGACAGACGGUAAUUUAACGCGAUUCGGCACCUUUCGCCAUAACCCAAAUCUGGACCGUAUGGAGCACACAAGCACACACGAAGCAGGGAAGCAAGUAUGAGGUACGUCGAAAGGCUUAGAACAUUUUCCGACAUCAACGAGAAUUUUGAAAACGCCUUUCCGGCGCGCUUGGUCCUAAUUGCAGCAGAAUGGAUUACGUGGACCGCGGAGUAGCAACCAGAGCCACGAAAAAGAGAUGAGCUACGACGACCCGAUCGUUCUGCGCUCGAUAGUGUAAAAAAACGACUAUGACGAUUCGCGCGGUCCCGUAGAGCCGGAAGCUACCCUGUCGCUCUCGCCCCAACCACUAAAACAGCACAGAAGAAGGAAGUGCUGUGCUCCCAGCCGCGUUCGAAAGUCCCUUUUCCGGGGGAGCGCUCAAGCAAUCAAUCCUGCCGCCGCCGCCGACGACGGCUCGAUAUUUCCCAAACGACAAAACCCAAUCAACACACGAAUGACAGCGCACACGGGCAGCAACAGAUCGCGGGGCCACCGCUGCCCGCGGGGCAUGAUGCUGAGCCUGCUGGUCGCCGUCACGGUCGGCAUGGUGAUGGCGGCCGCGGUCGUCGUCUCGCCCGUCGAGGCGGCCGGGCUGGCCAACUGUCCGCUCGGCUGCCAGUGCGACGACGAUACGCUCGUGGUGACGUGCGGCGAAGGGCAGCUCGACGUGCUGCCGAUCGUGCUGAACCCCUCCCUGCAGCGGCUAGUCAUCAAGAACAACAAGAUCAAAACGAUCGACUCCUCCAUGCAGUUCUACGCCGAGCUAACGUUUCUCGAUCUGAGCUACAACCAUCUGUUCAACAUGCCGCCGCGCACCUUCGCCUACCAGCGCAAGCUGACCGAGCUGCACCUGAACCACAACAAGGUGGGCUCGAUCACGAACAAAACGUUCGUGGGGCUGGUCGCGCUGACCGUGCUGAACCUGCGCGGCAACUUCCUGGACGAGCUGCCCGAGGGCGUGUUUGCGGGCGUGCCGAAGCUCGAGGAGCUCAACCUGGGCCAGAAUCGCAUCGCCAAGAUCGACCCGAAAGCGUUCGCCGGGCUGACCGGGCUGCGCGUGCUCUACCUGGACGACAACACGAUCAGUGCGGUACCGUCGCCGGCGCUGCAGCCGCUCCGAGCGCUGGGCGAGCUGUACAUCGGGCUCAACUCGUUCGCCGCCAUCCCGAAGGAAGCGUUCGCCAUGCUGACCGGGCUGGCCAAGCUCGAUCUGGAGGGCGCCGCGCUGCUGAACGUGUCGCGCGACAGCUUCCGCGGGCUGGAGCGGCUCCGCACGCUCGACCUGUCCGACAAUCGGCUCGCCCGCAUCCCGACGGCCGAGCUGGCCGUGCUCGAGCGGCUCGAGGAGCUGUCGCUCGGCCAGAACGAUUUCGAGGCGAUACCGCCGAACGCGUUCGCGGGCCUGAACAAUCUGCGCGUGCUGGACAUAUCCGGUUCGCUCAAGCUGACGCGCAUCGAGAGCGGCGCGUUUGCGCACAACACCAACCUGGAGGAGAUUGUGAUCGCGUCGAACAAGAUGCUGACCGAGGUGCAGGACGGUGCGCUGAGCGGGCUGCCCCAUCUGCGGCGCGUCGUGCUGAAGGACAACGCGCUGACGACGCUCACCGACGGGAUGCUCUCGUGGAACGAUCUGGUCGAGCUGGACCUGUCCGAGAACUUGAUCCUGUGCGACUGCCAGAUACUGUGGCUGCGCAAUCUGCUUGUGAGCCGUAGCAAUGGAACGGUCGGAGCGGCGGCACAGCAGAUCCCGGUCGUGUGCGCCUCCCCGGACCGGCUCCGCGGGCAGGUGCUGCAGAGCCUGUCGCCCGAGCUGCUCGGCUGCACGCAUCCCGACCGGCAGCAGCAGGCCAUCAUCUGCGUGGUGCUGGUGAGUGCCGCCGCCGUGCUGACGACGCUCGCCCUCGUCCUCUACAAGUGUCGCCGGCGCAUCCAGGAGGCGGUCAAGGGCAGCUGGGGCUCGAACGGGAUCGGCCGCAAGGAGCGCGAGUAUCAGAAAACGUUCUCCGAGGAGGACUACUCCGCGCGCCAUCCGCAUCCGGGGCCGCCGGGCGGCGGGCUGGCGAUCCAUCCGACCACGCUCAACAACUACCAGAUCAACCACCAGCACCAUCACUCGCACGGCAUCCGGCACAUCCCGGUGACGGAGCUAUAGCUAGAGGCUCCCCCUCCGCCACCACGGAGGGG